AUGACGAGCAUGUUUCAAGCCAUUCCAAUGUGCCUUUCCGUUAUCUUGAUUCUAGUGAAGAUAUCCCACGGACAAGAUUGUGCAAGAGUUGGUUGCAGUCCUGGCUUCUGUUGUUCCAAAUGGGGCUUUUGCGGCGACUCGCCUCUUCAUUGCGGUACCGGUUCGACGACAACAAGAGCGACAACGACCACAACUAGAAUCACGACAAGUACGACCAACAGGACUACGGCAACAACGACUCAGAAGACUACCACAUCUGGUAGUGGUUCGGAGACGAAUAACAAGAUCACUCGAGAACAGUUCGACUGUAUCUUUGGGAAACUGAGUGAAGAUGUUAGAGACAAACGCUGGCAAGGUUAUCAAGAGGCACUGUCGAUGAUGUCAUUCGAACCCCAAAAUCAGAACGAACUGAUCAUGUUUUUUGCACAUAUCUCACAUGAGACGGAUGGCUUACAGAUGUAUGAAGAAUAUUGUGGAAAGUCGAAGGAAUGUGCUAGCAGUUAUCAAAUUUCCUGGUGUGGGUCGGCCACCGCAGAGCCGGGCAAGCACUAUUACGGUCGCGGCUGGUUUAAACUAUCCUUUCCAUGCAACUACAAUGCAGCUGGCCAAGCUCUUGGUAUUGAUCUCCUGAAAACCCCAGAGAAGGUUGCCGAGUCGGAUGCAGUGGCUGCUGCGACUGGCAUGUGGUUCUGGGAUGCUAACAACAUAGGUCAACCGUCACGGCAAGGAAACUUUGGUGCCACGACUCAAAUCAUCAACAGUCUCGAAUGUGGACCAACGCCACAGCAGACCAACAGAAUCAGUCGAUAUCAAGAAGUGCGGCUAUGCUUCGGUCUCAAGAGAGACACCGAGAAUCUACGCUGUUGA